UGGUACCUCUUGGUGGCCGCUUUCGAAUGUUCGAAGAACCCAAGUCGACAACUCGAAUCGUCGUCAUCUUUGGGAGUUGCACAUUUCCAUUUUCUCUCUCAAACUGCCCCAUCAAUGGCUUUCUCAAAAUCCCUCCUCCAUUCCCACUUUCCGAUCACCUCAAAGCCCUUCCAUGGCGUCCACCAUCGCCGCCCAUCUCUCCACACCACCGCCGUCAACAGAUCACCCAAACCCAUCUCCGCCGUCCAUGCAGCCGGCCCAUCGAAGUCAAAAUCACCGUCUCCCACCCAAUGGAGCCCCGAUAGCUGGAAGACAAAGAGGGCUCUGCAACUCCCCGAAUACCCAGAUCAGGCGAUGCUCGAUUCCGUCCUCCAGACCCUCGAGUCGUUCCCGCCGGUGGUUUUUGCCGGAGAGGCCAGGACCCUUGAGGAGCGGCUGGCGCUGGCCGCUGUGGGGAAGGCUUUUCUUCUUCAGGGUGGGGAUUGUGCCGAGAGCUUCAAGGAGUUUAAUGCCAACAACAUUCGUGAUACCUUUCGUGUUCUGCUCCAGAUGAGCGUCGUUCUUAUGUUUGGAGGUCAAAUGCCGGUUAUCAAGGUAGGGAGAAUGGCAGGUCAGUUUGCAAAGCCAAGAUCAGAUUCAUAUGAGGAGAAGGAUGGAGUGAAACUCCCAAGCUACAGAGGAGACAAUAUAAAUGGUGAUGCAUUUGAUGAGAAAUCUAGGAUUCCAGACCCCGAUCGAAUGAAUAGGGCUUACUGUCAGUCAGUGGCAACAUUGAACCUCCUUAGGGCAUUUGCCACGGGAGGUUAUGCUGCAAUGCAGAGAGUUACCCAGUGGAAUCUCGAUUUCACCGAGCAUAGCGAGCAGGGUGAUAGAUACCGAGAACUAGCCCAUAGAGUUGAUGAGGCCCUUGGAUUCAUGGCUGCUGCUGGACUCACUGUUGAUCACCCUAUCAUGACGACAACCGAGUUCUGGACAUCUCAUGAGUGUUUGCUCCUCCCUUAUGAGCAAGCACUUACCAGGGAGGAUUCCACUUCUGGGAUUUACUAUGACUGCUCGGCUCACAUGCUUUGGGUGGGUGAACGAACUCGCCAACUUGAUGGUGCACAUGUUGAGUUUUUGAGAGGCGUUGCUAAUCCGAUUGGCAUUAAGGCAAGUGAUAAGAUGGAUCCAAAAGAAUUGGUCAAGCUUAUUGACAUUCUAAAUCCCACGAACAAGCCUGGAAGAAUUGUAGUGAUUGUAAGAAUGGGAGCUGAGAACAUGAGAGUGAAACUUCCACAUCUUAUCAGGGAAGUCCGCCGAGCUGGUCAGUUUGUCACUUGGGUUAGCGACCCUAUGCACGGGAAUACGAUCAAAGCUCCCUGUGGACUAAAAACACGUUCUUUUGAUGCAAUUAGGGCUGAGGUGAGAGCGUUUUUCGACGUACACGAUCAAGAGGGAAGCUACCCUGGAGGAGUUCAUUUGGAGAUGACAGGGCAGAAUGUAACCGAGUGUGUUGGAGGCUCACGGACAAUAACAUAUAAUGAUCUGAGCUCACGGUACCAUACUCACUGCGACCCCAGACUCAAUGCUUCUCAGUCUCUAGAGCUUGCCUUCAUCAUCGCAGAGCGGUUGAGGAGGAGAAGGCUCAGAACUGGUCAAGCUUCAGGAUCGUUCUGAGAAUAGCAGCCUCGGGUAAAUGAUCUUAUGUACACUUAACCCUUGCUUUGAUUUUAUCAUGGAUUAAAAAACGGUAUAUAGCUAAAAUGCACUUGGAAUUUAUCUAUUUACGUCACAUAAUGUUGGGUCGGGUCGGUUCAUGUAACACCUAGCAGUGGUAUUUGAGUAGAAGUAAGGCUUGAAAUGGUGUUUUGAGUGGUCGUAGAAUGUAGUAGAGAUGUGGUGAAAAAGAAGUUCUAUGUAAUGUUGUUUGCCUGUUUGGUGUAUCAGCUACUCUUUGUAAAAGGUAAAAGAUAAGUACAAGAUAGUGAAUAAAAUUCACUAAGCACAUAUAAUUGGAGGCUUGGAGCAGGAGGUCCCUAUA